AUGGCGGUGGCAAUGGUAAGAUGUGUCAUCCAAGGUUUGUGGAGAAAACAGGUUUUAACAGCAAGAAUUUGUACAAGUUUAACAGCUCAACCAGCAUGUUUAUUUUCAAGUGAAUCAGGUAAAGUUCAGAAAGGUUAAUUUGUUGUAAGGUUAGACUAAAAGUACUUGAUGUCCAUAGGUAUAAGUUACGAUUGUUGCUUCGUGCUUGCGUGUGCAGGCACGGCUUGCUUGCUUAGUUGAUUAGUUCAAGUCACGUCCCCCUUCAUUUCCAGAGGGAAUUUAUAUGGAUUGGGACUACAACUGAUGCUUUACUCCUUCUCUCGAUGUGAAAGCAGAAGAAACCAAGUUUUGAUCUUUGUGUAAUCCGUGAAUCGACUAAGUGAUGGAGUUUGAAUUGUUUUAACGCCAUCGAUUUGCUUCUUUGCUGUGAUGACUAUGUUGACAAAACUUAAGAAUGCAGGGCCUUUUAUUAACACCUAAUCGAAUCGUAUUACUAGUAUCUAUGAGGUAUUCCUUGCUUUUCAAAGACUAGUGACAAGGUGGACUUUAAUUUAGUAGUGUUAUAUUCCCAAGUUGCCCUUCUUAGGUUAAUUCGACGAUGGCCUCUACAUCAACCUUAUAGGGUACCGGUUUUUUUCUAACGUUUUAAAUUUGCCUUUAAUUCUUAUUUCACAUAUCGAUUAACAGCUUUGAAUGAGUGUGAAAAGAGUUGAUUUAUGGCUUUUCUUGGUAAGCUGUGAGGGGGCAAUUACUGUAUGUCACAUUCCUACCGUGAGCUUGGUCUUGGUCUUACAUGAUAAAAGGGGGACCCUGUGCAACUGUGUUUAACACAUACUCCUCAUCAGUCAUUGACUACAAGGUCUGGUUGGGUUACUACCUGGAGUCUGUGAUGUAGUGCCACUCAAUACUUAAGGAAGUCACAAUUCUUGGCUUAUUGAGUUGACAUGAUCUUCCUGUUUAUUUAUUUAUUUGUUUAGAGUUUUCUUUCACAAAUGUAGUUGAAGGACAAAUUAAACAAUUAACACAGGAAUAAUCUAUAUGCCUGACUGGAAUAUGAUUCAGGCAAUCAAGUUUCAUUUAGAGAAGUCUGCUUCAUCCUGGGAGAAUUCCCCAGUCAUUUCUUAACUACAUGCCCAGAACUUGGCAAACCAGCAUGGCUCAUCCAAGCUUUCACCAUAAAGCAAGACCACCUGAAUGUGCAUUAUAGUUCAUUUCAGUUGUUAAUCUGACCUCUUGAUCCCCCUUCUUGUUUGUAAAUUGGUUGGGCUUUAUUUUGGUUCAAUUCAAUAUUUUGUAUCCCUCAGUGCUGCAAAAUUGAUGCUUAUGGAAACAGACUUGUGCACUACAUAAGCAUGACAGGAUCUGGUACAGAAAAACUGUUUUAUUUCAUUUCUAGGUAGUGGAGAGCCAAAGCUUUGUCAAGGUAUAAAUUACUUAAAGGAUGGAUCUGACCCACCUCUGUUACCAGACAAUGAAUAUCCUGAUUGGCUAUGGGAAGUUCUUCAACCAAAACAACCAGUGGACGAAGAGCCAGAUGACUUAAACAACAAAACUUAUUGGAGAAGAUUAAGAAAGAUAAAACUAAGACAGGCAAAUGCUGCCAGGAAGAAAAGGAAGUGA